AUGACAACAUUACGAAAAGUAACACGAUAUACUAGUCGAUUACAUUGUACAAUGAUAUUAUUAAUUAUAGUCAUUUUAUUAAGUUUUAUUAGUUUUCGUUUAUAUGAAAAAAACAAUGAACAAUAUUUAACAAGUCAUUCUAGUCAAAUUAUCAUUCCCGAAAGCUUACCAUCAUCUUCUACGAAUUCAAAAGACAAAAAACUUAUUGAUCAAGUAUCUGAAGAAAUAUCGAUAUCAAAUCCAAAUUCAUUUUCUCGAUAUGCAAGUGAUAAUCAUCUUCGUUCAUUACUUCGUCAACAAGCAAAUUCACGUAAUCAAGUAAUUGCAACUAUAGUUGGUGGUGAUAGUUAUUCUUUAUUUAUUUGGGAUUGGUAUGAAAGAAUGUUUGAAGUAUCAAAUAAUACAAAUAAUUGUCAUUGUUUUGUUAUUGCUAUGGAUGAAAUUGCUGUUAUUUUAGCUGUUAAACAAGGUAUACCAGUCUAUUAUUCAACAUUUCCAUUUAAUCAUCAAUUAAAAUGGAUAAAUACAAUUGAAGUUCGACAACAUUCACUUUAUCGUGUUGGUCAUGCAAAAUUUGAUACGUCAGCUAGAAUUGUUCAAAUGGGAUAUUCAAUUAUGCUUAGUGAAUUAGAUGUUUUUUGGAAAGAAAAUCUUCUUAAUUAUUUAAAACAACCAAGCGAUGUAUAUGAUCUACAAAUAAGUCAUCAUUAUGGUGCUCAUCCACGUGUUAAUAUUGGCCUAUUUUAUGUUCGAUCAUCCAAGGCCUCUAUUGCAUUUUUCUCGUAUGUUGCUGAAUUUUGGAUGCGGCAUGGUAAAGGUGGUUAUCUUUCUGAUCAACGUGUACUUGAUGCUUUACUUAAUAAUUAUGAUCGAAUAGAUAAAACUUAUUUAAAAGCAAUGAAACCGUCAACACCAUUAUUAUUAAAUUGGACAACGUGUGAUUUUGGAAAUCAUUUUUCACAUUUUAUGACAGAUGGAAGUGCUUUUGUAUUAUUUAAUCAAGCAGCUAAAGUUGGAAAAAGAUCGAAAAAAUUUCAUGGUGACAAAAAAUCAAAAUAUUUUACAGUUCAAGUUAAUAAUGGGAAUAUGUCAAUUAGUCAAAGAAAUCUUCUUGUACGUGCUCUUCUUAUUCUUCAACAUACAAAAUUACAAAAUCGAACAUUAAUUUUACCGGCUUUUUCAUCUGAUUUAACUAUUACUCCAAUUGUCUAUCAACUUGAUAUUAAAAAAUUUUUUCUCUAUUGGAGUGAAGAACGUAUUCGUCUACCUGAUUAUCUUCUUUUAAAUAGUACAAAAUCUAUUCCGUCGACAUUUCUACCAUAUUCAUCCAAAAAAACAUAUACAGAUGUCAACGGAAUACUAAAUUUUACUUUAGAUUCAAUUCCACUUAAUGUACCAGCGCCUUAUCCACAAUUUGAAGUAUUUGUUCGGGAUUCUCUUCUAUGGUGCUCACCACCUACUGUUGGUGGUGUUUGGUGUUCUCAUCAUCCUAGAGAUUAUGGUGUAACAAUGGAAAUAUUAUUUUCUUGUCGAGGUGAUCCAUAUCCGCCUUGUGCUAAUAAAACCGAAAGAAAUGAACAAUUUCUUGAACGACCAUAUGAACAUUAA